UUCAAACGUUAUCCGCCAUGAAUCAGCAGUAAUCACAGAGAGAGAGAGAGAGAACUUCCUCCAUGCAUUAGCAUUGUUGGAGAAAGCAUUAGCGUUAUUUACUUAGAGAGGCAUUUUUUGAGAGAGAGAGAGGCUUUUCAGAGAAAGGGGCAAAGGCCAUGGAAGCCCCCAAAGAAAUACUGAAAAACCUCCCUCCCUUUAUCCGAAUCUACAAAGACGGCACAGUGGAGCGGCCCCUUGGCACCCACACCAUCCCUCCGUCCACUCUCUCCGCCGUUGGCAUCUCUUCCAAAGACGUCGUUAUCUCGCCGCAGGUCUCUGCGCGCCUCUACAUCCCUCACUCCUCCCUCUCCUCAUCCCCCAUCACUAAACUCGCAACAAUCGUAUACUUCCACGGCGGUGCCUUCGUCAUAGGGUCCCCUUUCUCCCCCUUCUACAAUGGCUACAUCGAAACUCUCUCAGCAAAAGCCAAUGCCCUCAUCGUUUCGGUGAGUUACCGCCUUGCGCCUGAGCACCCGCUGCCCACUGCGUACAAUGACUCAUGGGCGGCAAUCGAAUGGACUGUGAGUCUGUCGGAUGAAUGGCUGAACGACCAUGCCGACCUCAACCGCAUAUUUUUGGCCGGUGACAGCGCCGGUGCCAAUAUUACACACCAGAUGGCCAUGCGUGCCGGGACCAAGGGAUCACCGAUUGGGUUGCGGGGGGUGGUUUUGGUGCACCCAUUCUUUUGGGGCUCGGAUUUGAGCGAGGAGGAGGAGGAGAGGAGCUGGUCUGUGAAUCAGAUGUGGACGGUGGCAUGCCCCACAAGUGACGGGAUCGACGACCCGUGGAUCAAUCCGAGAGCUGAGACGGCACCUCCAUUAAAGGAGUUAGGAUGCCAGAGAGUGUUGGUAUGUUUGGCUGGGGUGGAUUUCUUGAGAGAGAAAGGGAAGGCGUAUUAUGAAGCGUUGAGAGAGAGUGGUUGGGAGGGGGUGGCGGAGGUGGUGGAGGUGGCGGAGGAGGGGCACGCCUUCCAUUUGUUUAAUCAGGGGUGUGAGAAUGCCGUGAAGUUGAUGGAGCGUAUCGUUGACUUCAUCAGCAGCGGUGGGACUAGUUAGGACACUCUCUCAAAUAUAUCUAAACUCCACUCAGCAUGGAAAAAACGGGGUAUCCUCUGCCCCUUCAUCUGUUCGUUCUCUUCCCCUCUUCCCCUUUGAAAGUGAAGAAAUUACGUACGCACCGAAAUUGUGUGGAAUAACAUCUUUGUUCAUUUUUUUUAAA